AAGUAUCCAAUGAGGAAGAAAAGAAUAACAAAUUUUAUGUCCCUGGCCAUCCCUGAAGAUGAUGAUUUCUUUUGUAAGUAUUAGAGCUGAACUGUCUGUAGGCUUAUUCUAUUUUUUUAUUUUAAAAAGACUUUAUCUUUAAGUUUCAAACUACUACUUUUGUAUUUAGCCUAUAAUAUUAAUUGAACUAAAAAAAUGUAUAAUUUUAAUAACAGUGUUAUCCUUAUUAGUUCUUGUCCAUUGCAAAUCAAAUAUGAAAUUUAGUAUGUUUAAAAAUAAUUAUGGACAAGAAUUCUAUUCUGUAGUUUUUCCUGUUCCCAGUUUUAUAGUUUGAAAGGUUUUAGUAUAAAGAUACAAAAUUAAGACAAGAUACAGAUGACAUAAGUUUAGACAUUGUUGUAGUUCAUUAUCAUGUUAGUCGCCUUAAGUUUCAUUGUAGUAAUUGCUCUAUUUAUCUAAGAAUUUUUUAUUACAGAAAAUCAUCAUAUAGUGAUUGUAUUCAGACUGUAAUCUCACAAAUGGAAUGAGUUAAAUUUUGUAUCUCACAAAUAAACGUUUCAUCUUAUUUGUCAGUAUGAAUAAAGUCUUUAAAUUAACUUUGGGGGCAGGUUAUGGUAUGCUGAUUUGAUGAAGUUGAGCUCGAAUGUAAGUAUUUAUUAAUAUUAUAUUAAUAUAAUAAUUUCUUAUUUCAGUUUGUGAAGAGUGCAAUUUUGAGUAUAUGUCUGAGUGCCCAUUACAUGGCCUUGUUCCAGUUGAAGAUCCAAAAGUAAGUUUUGAAUAAUUUUAUAUUUUAGUGUCUAUAGUCUACUCAAAAUAUUUGGAAUUUAAUAAAAUUUGGGAUUUUCUUCAUCAAAUUCUUUAUAAGUAUAAAAAAAACACCUGACAUUUCAGUGCAUUAGAAAAAAAUAUUUGAUUCCAACAGAAACAUGUAAUUAAUAUCUAAAAUUAAAACAAUGAUUGAAUUUGACUUUCAAUAUUAAUUUUUAUAUUGAUAAUUAUUUUAAGUCAAAUAAAAUACCAAUUUAAGGUGUUUAGGCUAAUGCGUAUAUCAACACAACAGAGACAAAUGAAUUUAAAUUUUCUUAACAUUACAUAAUUUAUAUGUUACCUAAUAUGUAAACAGAGGAAAGGGGGAAAAGGUAGGCAAAAGUCACUGACUAAACUCAAGAAGAAAAGAAGAGAACAGAUGUGGGUGGAAGUACAGUUUGAGACAAAACAGGAAACAAUAUUGAAGCUAUUUAAAGUGUGAAUUUGGUUAGCUUACCUAUUCUUUAAACCAGGCCUGCACAACUCAAAAUGUGAGGCUGGCCGUAAUACUUUAUAAAAAAAACUCUUGCUGGCCGUAAUACAUUAUGAAAAACUUGUGCAGGCCAAAAGUUAAGAGGACGGGUGGAAAGCUAUUAAUAAAAUAAUAGUCAUAAAGAAUAUUUCAUUACUUCGUGGGCCGCCAAGUGGGUGCUGGCGGGCUGUAUGUUGUGCAGGAUGCUUUAACUAAUUAGAGGAGGCAACUUGCAAAACUUGCUGAGUCACUUUUUUUUUUUUUAAAAUGAAUGAUCCAUUAUGGCUGGUUUGUUUAGUGUCAAUCUACAGUAUUUUAGGUAUUUCAAUUAAUCAAAAUCUUCAUUUAUGUCUAAAAUGUCACGUAAAAAAAUAUAAAUGCUAUAUUCACUAUAUAUAGUUAACUUACAAAAACAACUUUUUCUCAACAUCAACUAGAAGUUACUUAGCAGGUUUUGCAAGUGGACUCCUCAUUUAUUUUCCAUAAUAAUCCUUUCAAGUGUUCUCUGAGCUUACAGUAUACCAGUAGGAGCAAUAUCUGAUAUCCCACUAAUGUUACCACUUGUUUCCAGUUUUGUUUCCACUGUUUUAAAUGUUUCAAAUGGGACAGAAUUCUUGUGUUUUUUUUUAUAUAUUGGGACUGCAAUAAUUAAUUAUUCCAUCCAUGAUUCUGAACACAUCAUACUGCAUGGGUCACAUGUUCUGAUGCCCCAUGUGUGCUUAAUAGCAUGGAGAUAGCUUCUAACAAGCAUGUCUCUAAGGUUCCUGUCCCUCUGUAAUGUGAAAAGGGCCUUUUAUUUUAAAAUACAUGAUUGGUCACAGGUUGUGCUGUAAGGAUGGACAAGUUGUUUUGCCAGGAAUAAAGUUAUGGGGAUAAAAAGUUAUAAUUAAUUUGGACCUUUCACUAUAAUACUCAUAUUUUAAUUAAUUUAAUUAGUGAUGCAAACACUUCCAUAGCUCCCAAUCUUAUUCCCCUAGAAGUAAGGGUUUUGUGUGAACUUUAAAUUGCAAUAAAAAUUGAACAAAAAUAGAAUAAACAAAAGACUUACUUUCGUAGGCCCACAUAUUAACUCACAUUCUGAAAUGCAAUUUUUAAAGCCAUCUUUGUGUUGGUAGUAUGCGUUGGUAGGGAGAAAAUAAAGGUUUAAUGCUAUCUUUCAUCUAUCUAUCUAUCUAAGAAAGUCUUAACCCAUAACUUUCAUAAUAGUUUUCUUUAGAGAGAAUAAAAAGUAAAAACUUAUUAAAUUUAAAAAAUACAAAGCUAAAGUUGUAUUUAAUUUUAGAAAAUUUUAGCAAUUUAAAAUGUCAUCUCUUAUUUUUCUUAAUUUUACUUUUAAUAAGGGGAAACUAUAUUAUCAGUUUUGUUACUCACAGUUAUGAAAUGAAAGAAAGUUAGAGCUGUGGGUAAAAUAGGCCAUCUCCCUAUGACAUAAUUUGUUUAAUGAUUUAUAUCAAAUAAAUUUUAUUUUUAUUUCCCAAUAUUAACAACACACUAAAAUAUCCACUAAGAUUAACAGAUGUUUGGGUUUUCCCGAUACAUGUGAUUAAGAUGCAAUUCUUGGAUCAUAAUAUUUUAAUUAAUAAUUUUUUUAUAAUUUUUACAUUUGGAUAAAACUUAAACUUUUACUAAAAUAAAAGUGGAUUUAAAAUAUUUUUUGCACAUUUUAAUUUAUUCCAAUUCCGUAAAAUAGAGUCUAAUAGAAAAUAACUAUGAUUGUUUUUAGGAAUGCCAAUUUACUUAAAUCGUAUAGGUUCUUUGGUAUUAUGUCACUAUUGCUCAUUCUUAUAUAAUAUGUUAAGGUCCCCCCAGAGUGUGAGAAAGGUUUGGACUCAAGCUACUGCUGGAAAACUUUGCCCCAAGGACUUGCCAUUAAGAAAUCAAAAAUCCAAGGUGCUGGUCUUGGAGUUGUAGCAACUAAAUUUUUUCCAGCUCGAACCAGAUUUGGACCGUAUGUUGGAAAGAAAGAAAGAAAUGAAGAGGUCGCCCAAGAGUCUGGUUAUAGUUGGCAAGUAAGUCAUGGGUAGGAUGCAACAAGUAUAUCAAAUAAUAAGUCAAAUUUAGAAUUCCUAAAUUUAAAAAAUCUUGAUUUAUGUGUGGCAUACAACAUGGCAAAAUUUUGAAUAAUAUAUAACUGACAGAUGCAGCUAUUAACAUGUCCAUUCACAUGCAUAUGCAAAGAGCUGCUGCCUUGUACAUUUCAAGUUUAACAAAAAAUACAUGCAUAAAUUAUACAAAUUUACUAGCUCAAUUGAAUAAAUGUUGAGAUUUCAGCUAGAUUCAUGAAGAUUGUAGCUUGAUUCAUAAAGAUUGUAUUAGUUCAUUCAAUUUCCUACAAGAAUAUAUCUAGUUUUAUAUAUGUAAAGUAAUUUUUUUUAUUAAUUUUUUUGCUAUAUAAUUGUGUGGCUUGUGAAAAGAGCUUUGUCUUCUUGGCACUGAAACUCAAAAUUAAGCUCUGUUUCCAAAGGUUUAAAAAAUUAAAUUGUUUCCUCUGUUAAACUAUUACCAGCACUUCAAAAUCUCUUACAUUUGAGUAGCACUCUCUUUGGUUAUAUGUGGCACCCUUCCAUCUUCACGAGACGAUGGAGUAACUAUGUACACUUCAACAAAUGGCACACUAGGCCGAUCUCAGCUGCAUUUCUAGCUGGAGAAUAUUGACUCCUGGUUAGAUCUGACCUUCAGUAUUGUUCUUAUUGUUGCAAGACCUUCAUUUAGUGCAUUUUUGACUCCUUCUUACACUGCUGGUUGCCAGCUGGAACGUUGCUCAGCAAUCAUCUCCCAUUUAUUUGAUUUCUAUGUUGGCUUCCAUCAUGCUCCUUUCUCCUUUUGCAAACGUCCAUAAAUCGAAGCCGUAGCUGUCCAAUAAGUCUUGUCCCUUCUGCUAACUCUCCAUACAGCAGCUUCUUUGGAAUACGUCCUUCCUCCAUCCUCCUUACAUGGCCCAAACAGCGAAGGCGCCUCUUGCCAAGUGCGGAGAAUACACUACACAUUUUUGCACAUUCCAAGACCUCUGUUAGGCACCUUGUCCUGCCAUCGAAUGUGUAAAAUGGGGCGCAGACAUCUUUGAUAGAAGCUACAGAGUUUCCGCUCAUGACUGGCAAAUGUGGUCCACUCUUCACUGCCAUAUAGGAGCCUCAUAAGCACACAAGCCUAAUAGAUGCUUAGUUUUGUACUAUCAGUUAGAGUGAGAUUAUUCCACACCCGCUUAUUCAAUUUAGCCUUAGUUGCUGCUGCUUUUGAGAUCCUGAUGUUCACCUCUUCAUCAAUGGAGAGAGAACUAGAGAUAUUGGAUCCAAGGUAUGUAAAAUGCUCAACUGACAGAUUAUGGCCCUCAAUAGAAAUAAUUGGAGGGGACGGUGCUUCUUGCAUCAUAAAAUUAUGCUAGCUAUAGACAUAUAUUGCUAUAAAUUCUGGGUUAUGCUCUUCUACAUAACUUGAACGUGUUAUUGUGUAUAAAAGAAUUGUUUAGCCUUUUGUAACAUAAUGCGCACAAUACUUGUUUUUUAAUUAAUCCUUCUUACUUUUUGUCUCUCCCUCUUGUGGAAACAUAAUCUGAUUAGGUCUUAUUGCAAUUAUUAGUUAGUUUCUUUUUCUUUUCCUGGGUAUCUACCACUCACCCUCUCACAGACACAUCGGUGACUACCCCCCUAUUAUUUACAUAUUUUAAUAUGAAGCCUAUAUCUCUGUUCUUGGUUAUUUGGGUUUUCCCCACUCACCUUACUAUUGAACCAUCAAUGGUCUAUAUAUGUAGCUUGUCAGAAGGACGCUAAAUAUUUUAGGAUAAUAAAUCUAAUGUCACAUUAAAACAGAUUUUGCUCUGCAGUUUUUAAUGAAAAGUAGAUAAUAUUGUAACUAGUUUGAUGCAUUGUAUCAAGAUAAUAUGCACUAUCCUUAAAUUGUGUGAACCUUUACAUUAUUUAUCCUUAUAUUGUGAAGAGAGGUUAUAGUGGAUGAUCCUAUUAAUUGCCCUUAUCUUAUAAUGUGUGAAGAGAAGUUACACUAGACCAGCGGUUCUCAACCUGUGGGUCGCGGGUCCCUUUUCCAGGGGUCGCCUAAGACCAUCUGAAAACAUAUAUCCUUACAGCUAUGUAGUAGCAAAGAAAAUAAUUGUGUGGCUUGGGGGUCGCCACGACCCGAGAAACAGUAUUAAGGGGUCGCGGCACUAGAAAGGUUGAGAACCACUUAACUAGACAGUUAUAUUGUGUGAGCCAUUGAUAAGUGGCUUGUAAAAUAUGCAAAGCAUUUUUGCCUCAACUGGUGAGUUUGAUAUAUUUAUUUGACAGUAAUUUUGUAAACUGUAUUUGAACUACUUGCCUGGAUUCCAAAUACUCACAGAUAAUCUCAUCAUAUCUUUAACAUAUUUAGAUCUAUAAAGAUGGCAAGCCUUCACACGUUGUUAAUGGCAGUGACCCGAGUGACUCUAACUAGAUGAGAUUUGUCAACUGUGCUAGGCAUGAAGACGAGCAGUGUGUAACUGCCUACCAACAUGGAGGAGAAAUCUAUUACAGAACUCAUAAGGAUGUUCAUCCUGGCACAGAAAUACUGGUGAGACAUUGAACCAACAUGGUUACUGUGGCUUUUAUUGAAACAACUUCAGACCUGUUUACCCACAAACUCUUAAAAUCGUACAAUAUCAUCACAAAAUCAUUCAAUACAUUAUCUUAAUAGUAAAAAAAUAAAAAAUAACCAUACAGUAUAUGUAAGUAUUCGCCUCUAAAUCGUACAUUGUACGCCAGAAUCGUAAGAGUAAACAGGUCUGCAACUUGCAUUAACUUUAAGGUCAUCUUUACUAACCAAGCAAUUAUCAGUUUUAAAAUGCAUAGAUUAUUAGAUAAGGGUCCAUCAAUAUUAUACGUACGCAUUGAGUUGGAUAGGCAGUUGUUAAUUUCGUGUACACCUGGGUCUGGCCAGGGGUAUGUCUCGGUAGAAGGUAUGUAAAUUUACUCACGAAUUCUGCAAUAAUGAUCCAUAAAUUCUGACAGUCCAAUUAUAUCUCUAAUGCUGUAAAAAUUUCAACUAAUGCACCUCCCCCUUCCAACUACCCCAGUGAUUAUAAAAUGUAUGGAUUCCUUGCCGAAUUGAGUUUUUUUUUUUUCAAUUGCCAAUUCUAAAAGAUACACAUAGAAGUAGUUAUUUUUUUAAAAAAUUUAAUGAAUGGUUAAAAAUAAAUCUAACACGUGACAUUUGAAAUUUAAAAUCACUAUUAAGGUUUUAUGUAAAGAUUAUUUUGACGCAAGUGUUCACAAGUGGCUUAUAUCUCCUUCAAUAGAUCAGCCAUACAGGUGGUUUCACUAGUCAAAAGAUUUUUAGCAUACUUCAAUGCAAGCAGUGGGCAUAAAUCAGUAUAUAAAAAGAAAAAAAUUGUAGGUGUCAAGUUUCUUCACACUCACUCAUCCCUUGUAUAUAUUGAAACAAAUCCCCACUCCUUUAUGAAUGCCCCCUCAUUAAUGAUGUUAUCAAUGAAGAAUGUCCUCGGCCUCAAGCUGAAUGUGAGAUUUUCAAUAAUGUAAGUUGAUAUUAAUUUUUUUAUUUGAGCUGCACUGAUUAAGAUUGGACUUGUAUUUAAAUAAUGGAGGCUUCCCUCUUCUGGUGUUUUUUUUUACUCACAUUUUUUUUUAGUUUCUACUGCCAGAGAGUUUUAAUUUCUAAUCCCAAAGAAAAUUUAACAGCAAAUAUAGAAAAAGCAUUUGCUUCACAAACUUUUAAUUGUCUUUAAUUGUCAGGAUUUUGCUUAUCCCGGGAAAAUGGGAUAAAAGUAAAUCUCAUUUCGGCAUCGAGGAGGAAAUUAAUUCAAUUUAAAGUCCGAGGAACCUCUCAUAACGAGCACCUCUCAUAACGAGUAAUUCGUAUAAUGAGCAAAAAAAAAUGUGAAGAAGUUGCUCCCUUAACGAGCGAUAUUUCGCAUAACGAGUUACGCAGAAAGGGGAAGUCCUUUUUUCCUGACAUUCAUUUGUGAGCCGGGGCUUCCGCGCCCAUGCAUUAGUCCAGCGGUUCUCAAUCUGUGGGUCAUGACCCCUUUGGGGGUAGCGCGGCCCUUUCCCAGGGGUCAACUCAGACUAUCUGAAAACACAUAUUCUUACAGCUAUGAAGUAGCAACGAAAAUAAUUAGGUUGCUGGAGGGUCGCCAAGACACUAGAAACUGUAUUAAAGGGUCGCGGCACUAGGAAGGUUGAGAACCAUUGCAUUAGUCUGUGUUUAGCACUCGGUCUGUUAGUGUAUUGUUUUCGUGUGUGAGCACCCGUUUUUACAAAUUUUGUAUUCAGACAGUAUUUGUAAUUUUUUUAUGUGCAAAGUGUAAUAAACUAUGCUAAAAUGUCUUUGAAAAAAAAAACACAAGAAGACAAUCAUAAAAGAGGAAAAAUUACUGUUGAAAUGAAACGUAAAAUCAUUGAAAAGCGAGAACAAGGUGUGAGCGUGGCUAUUCGUGCUACACAUUUUAUUCAAUGAUAAUGCUGUGACACAGUUUCGUCAAAUUUUGAAGCGUCAGCAAAAACAAAUGUCUUUAGACAGUUUUCUAGUUAAAAAGGAUUAAUUAUUUGUCAUAAAUUCAUAUUUUUAUUUAUUUUUUUGUUUCAAAUCUAAACUGUAUUCCAAGUUGUUAUACUUCUUAACAAUUCAAAAGUAAUUUUAUUUGAAUAAAUGUUAAUAAAAAAUUUUGAAAAAUUAGUAUAUUUUCAGCAUGGAACGCAUUAUUGUACUUUACUUUAAGGGAAAAAUUGUUUCAUUUAACGAGUGUUUCGCUUAACGAGUAAGAGUCUGGAAUGAAUUAAACUCGUUAUGAGAGGUUCCACUGUUUAUUAGAAACUGAAUUAAACUAUAGAAGAGUAAGAGUGUUUUUUUUUUUUAAAUUAAAUGUUUAGUUGUUUUUGUCUUUUAAUAAAUGGAAAAUGAUAUUAAGGUUACUUAAGAGGUUGGUCCCUUGGUACUAGUUGCUUCAUUUCCUCCACUUAGCCCAAGUAAUAGAUAACUAGCUAACAAUAUGUUUGACCUUUACAUUUAUGUCCUUUUUACAUUCUUUACAGGUCACAAAUUCUAAAAUUUUAAAUUUUAAAAGGGUUUGUUCAAUUAAAAAACUAUUAGAGUUAUUAAUAAAAAUGUAUCCAUUUAUUUGUAUAUCUUACCAAGUUUAUUUUUGAAUUAAAAUGAUGCUACAUAAUAUAAAAGUAGUUGAUAAUUUGUGAAAACCCGUGACUUGCUAAUAUUUAUUUAUUUUUAAAAAUAAGAAAAAAGUAUUCUAAGAGUAUCCAUCGGCAAAGUCGCGCUGGAUGUGAAAAUUUACCCGGAAGUCUUUGGUUUUGCUAAAAAUUGUGCUGGAUCUCAGAAUCCCAGGAAAGAAACCCCACUAGACACAUUGAAUUAUGGGUUUGCAAAGGUCAAAAUCAAGGCUGACCUUAAUUAUGUCCUAGCAAGAUGCUAACACUGCCCCACCCAGUGCGAAACCUGGAGCUAGAAAGGCCUAAUUAGCUGCAUUAUCUAAACCUCUAUGUAUUUAGCAUUUUUUGUGUUUGAUUAAAGUUUAGUUUAAUCACCAGAGGUGUGUAUUUUUUUCAAAGAAUCGAUUUACCAACCAAAACUUAGGUCCAAGGCUCUAAACUGCUACUAAGCUACAAUGCUUAGAAAAUAAUCAGAUGAUUUAUGAAUAUGGACUAAAAGGUAAAGAAGAGCGUCAGUCUUCUUUGAUUAUAAGUUCUGAGAGAAUUGACUUAUUUCUCUCUAAACCGAAUAAGUUGUAUGUUUUAUAAAUUGAUGUCAGGUAUAUAAUGGUGACAAUUUAUUUAUUCAAUGUAUUUAUACUGCUCUCAGGUAUACUAUGGGGAUAGCUACGCCAAAGAGUUAGGAAUAGACAUGGAGGUUGUUGGCAAAGCUAGCAGAAUAUCCUCAUCAAAGCCUUCAGAACAUCCAAGGGUAAAUGACUUCAUCAUUCCAACAAGCAAUGGUUGUGUCCUUGAUCCUAGUCAGGAUGAUAGAGAUGGUAGUCCAUCAGGACCAGUUGAGGGUAUGCUUACAUUUUUAUAAUUUUUUUUUACCAGGCAUUACAUCUUGUAAAAAUAUUGAAUAAUGCUUUUUUGUCUUCAAUGAAUAAAGACUUUUGGCUUCCAAUUGUGUCAUGUAUAAUUAUGUACUUUUAGAAAUUAAGUUAUUUAAAUAAGUAAUACAUGAAAUGACAUUGCUUUUUCAAAUCAAGGGUACAAUCCACUUGUAUAUUAUGUGUUCUUUUAAUUAUAUUGAUUACCAGUGGUUAAUUUUAAUAAAGUAGCUAAUUAAAUUUAUCAUUGUCUUAUGUGUUACAGAUAUUUUUAAGUGCAAAUUUUGUACUACUGCAUUCUCACAUCAAAUAUACUUUGAGAAUCACUUGAGAAGAAAACACCAUGAUGACUAUUAGAAAAUGAAGCAGAGGGAUAUAUCCAGAGAACAAACUGACCAAGCUAAAGGUGUGGGAAAAUAUCCAUUACAAAGAAGUCUAAAGAAGAAAGAAACUUCUGUGAGAGUCAGACAACUCAAACAGAAAAAAAUUUACAGGAGAAAAACCUUUCGACUGUGAUGUCUGUGGGAAAGGUUUUACAAUCAAUAGAGAUCUAACUCGACACAAAAGGACACAUUCAGGAGAAAAACCUUUCAUAUGUGAUGUCUGUGGGAAAACAUUUACACAAAAUAGUAAUCUAACUACACACAAAAGGACACAUUCAGGAGAAAAACCUUUCAAAUGUGAUGUCUGUUGGAAAUUUUUUUCACAAAAUAGUAACCUAGAAAAACACAAAAGGACACAUUCAGGAGAAAAACCUUUCAAAUGUGAUGUCUGUGGGAAAGGUUUUAGAAGCACUAGUAAUCUGUAUCAACACAAAUGGACACAUUCAGGAGAAAAACCUUUCAAAUGUGAUGUCUGUGGGAAAGGUUUUACACAAAAUAGUCACCUAGAAAAACACAAAAGGACACAUUCAGGAGAAAAACCUUUCAAAUGUGAUGUCUGUGGAAAAUAUUUUACAGAUAGUAGUCACCUAACUCGACACAAAAGGACACAUUCAGGAGAAAAACCUUUCAAAUGUGAUGUCUGUGGGAAAGGAUUUACAUGCAAUGAUAUUCUAACUCACCACAAAUGGACACAUUCAGGAGAAAAACCUUUCAAAUGUGAUGUCUGUGGGAAAGGUUUUACAACAAAUCAUGAUCUAACUACACACAAAAGGACACAUUCAGGAGAAAAACCUUUCAAAUGUGAUGUCUGU